CGAGCCCCUCCUCGUCCUCCUUCCCUCCACGUGAAGAAUGUUUAUCAGAGGACCUGUUUUACAUUUCAGUAAUUACUCCUGCGCUUCAUUUCUGGAUUCUUGUCCCUGGCACGUCCACAGUUUACAGCCGACUCAAUGUUAAACCCCAACGCUCUUUCCUCCUCAAGGCUUACUGCCCGUCAUCCAGCUGGCAAGGAGCAGAGCCAAGAGCGGAAGUCAGUAGCCUACCAGAGCCCGGGAUCCUACCCACUACCUGGUCUCUGCUUCUCUGAUAGGCCAUGGGACGGUGGUGGCAGCUCGUGUUACGGCUGUGGACAGUCGUGCCCAUCUGGGCUGGGGACGAGCUGCUCAAUGUCUGCAUGAACACCAAACACCACAAGCGAGAGCCUGGCCCAGAAGACCAGCUCUACGAUGAGUGCACCCCCUGGAAAGACAAUGCCUGCUGCACGGCCAGCACAAGCUGGGAAGCCCACCUCGAUGUGUCCCUGCUUUACAACUUCAGCUUGAUUCACUGUGGGUUGAUGAUGCCAGGCUGUGAGAAGCACUUCAUCCAGGCUAUCUGCUUCUAUGAGUGCUCCCCAAACCUGGGACCUUGGAUCCGGAAGAUGGACUUGGCUGGGCCAGGAGAGCGAAUCCUGGAUGUGCCACUCUGCCAGGAGGACUGCGAGCAGUGGUGGGAAGACUGUCGCACAUCUUACACGUGCAAGUCCAACUGGCACGGCGACUGGGACUGGAGUCGGGGGAAGAACCGCUGCCCUGCGAGGGCCGUCUGCCACCCCUUCCCCCAUUACUUCCCCACCCCCGCUGACCUGUGCGAGAAGAUUUGGAGCAACUCAUUCAAGGCAAGCCCUGAAGGCAGGAACAGUGGGCGGUGCCUGCAGAAGUGGUUUGAGCCCACCCAGGACAACCCCAAUGUGGCCGUGGCCCGCCUCUUUGCCAGCACUGCCCCACCCUGGGAAGUCUCCUACAGUCUCCUGGCCUUCUCUCUCUGCUUGACAUGUGCUUGGCCUUCUCCUAUCCUCGCAACACCUCCUGGGGAGGAAGACUCACAACCUCUUUUGCUUUUGGAGCAGUACAGCCUACAAAAGACCCAAAGCCAGGGUAAGGACUACCCAGACCAUCGUCUUUACCGUGGAUGCAAGGCUGAAGCCACUGCCUCCAUUGCUUUAGGCGUCUCCUGUCCUGAUGAACCCCAGAAUCACAACACGCUGCUCUGGAAAUUCAGAAGCCAGAGCUCUAAUCCAGUUCUACCACUUUCUGUGUGACUUUUGGCAGGUCCUUUGGCCUUUAUUUAAGACUGUCUCUGCUUCCCUCUCCCCUGAGACGAAUGAGGGAGUUGGACCCUCUUGAUUUUAACUUACAAAAAGAAAGAGGAAAAAGCCAAUGCCGGGGUGCCUGGGUGGCCUAGUCGGUUAAGUG